AUGCCUCUCGAUUACCGGAGAUUCAAUGGACCUGAAGACAGUAUACCAUACAAACGUUUCACUAAAGACUUUGUGAAGAGCUAUGAUGAACUUUUCAAGGAGUUAUUAGACGAUAAGGGAGUUCGUAAAGACGGGCGCGCUUUAUCCGAAGCGCGUAGCAUGUGUAUGUUUUUUGCGAGAGCGGACAUGGUUUCACAGGCGAAGGGAUCCGCUUACGUUGAACUUCGGAAAACAAAGGUCGUUUGUUCUGUGUUCGAUCCACGAGAAAUUCCUCAUCAGAAUGAAUUUAGUGAACUUGGUCAAAUAUUCUGUGAAGUGAAAUUCGCGCCAUUUUCGUGUCCGCGUAGGCGGCGGCCGCACGCUCCCGACGCUGAAGAAAAAGCUUUAUCUGUGGCACUAAGGAAAGCUCUAGAACCCUCUGUUUGCAGACACAUGUUCCCUAACUACCAGGUUGAAGUCUUCAUAUACAUUCUGGAAAAUGAUGGAGCAUGCUUAUCGGCAGCAAUAAACGCUGCUGGCCUAGCAUUAGCUGAUGCUGCAGUCCCAAUGUACGAUAUCAUAACAUCCUGUACCAUCGCUGUCAUCGGAGACAAGAUGUUUGUGGACCCUACCGAAGCUGAAGAGUACUUAGCAACAACAAACCCAGACACACCGAUAAAUCACGGAUUACUUACACUGUCAACAUUAUCAGAAUUAAAACAAAUAUCAGACUUUAUUCAGAUAGGAUCAAUGGAUGUUGUCAGUGUUACAAAUGCAAUGGAAGUUUUAGAGCAAGAGUGUGAGAAACUUGUACCGCUGGUCCAGAAAGUGCUAGUAGGUAAUGUACUAAAGUGCUUUGACCAGAGAAAGCGGUUGGAGGAAGAAGCUAAUGAAAGAGAAAAGGCUUUAAACUCCAAGAUGGAGGAAUGGAAAAAAUUAUUAAAUGCUGGAUGA